AUGAAGGUAAAGCUACCGUGGGUCGAGGGUGAAGCUAACGUGAGUUAUUGGGCCAUUAAUGGAAUUUCAUUGGCUGAUGGUGGGAUCAUUCCUAUCCCGCCUAGGGUGGGAAGUUGGAUGAAAAGCAAAAUCCAUGGCAAGGAUAACACCAUCAAGCCGGAGCCACAAUCACAAUCUCCUACGUCCUUGCUAUCCAUCGGCACGUUUGGAAACAAAAUAGAAGAUUCAGACACCAUCGAAACCUCAGCCGAUCAUGAUCAGUUGGAAGAGGGAUUAAGCGAGAGGGAGCUGAGGGCGCUACUCAACGAGCAUGCUUCGAAUUCCUCUGGGGAAUCGGAACGUUUUGAUCUUCCAAUGGAGAAAAUGCUCGAGAGUUUUCCUGUUCACAGAGAAGAUGAUGAUGAUGAGUUGGUAGCAGAGAUGGAAGCCGGUCUUGUUGAAAGAGCAUAUAGCAUUGGAAAGGACAGAAAGGGCAAAGGCAGUAUAUACAAAAAGUCGAUAUUGUUUCUUCUUAGGAAGGCUUUUGUUUGUGGGGGUGGAUUCGCGCCACCUCCUAUAUUGAGAGAUCCAUUUCUUGAUGCUGAUUUGGAUAGAUCAAGAAUGGAAAAGAUCUUGAAGACUGUGAUACGGAGGAAGAAGAAUCCUCAAACACAGAAAUACUUGGAUGGAAAUCGGAUUACAAACGAGGAGGAAAAGGGAGAGACAAGUAAUCCAAAUAAUUGGGUAAAGACAGACUCAGAAUAUAUUUUUCUAGAUCUAUGA